AUGCCACCAAAGCCGACCCUCAACGUCAACCAUCUCGCCUUGUCUGUACCUGACAUUGGCGCGGCAGUCGAUUGGUACACGAGCGUGUUUGGAUUCACCAUGAUUGGCAGCGUGAUGGAAGUGAACAAGAACAGUCCAACAGGCCCGGUCAUCUCGUCUAUCUACGGAGAAGAAUUCGAACAAGUCAAACUCGCAAUCCUGACCUCCGCCAACGGCGUGGGGCUGGAGAUCUUCGAGUUCGUCCGGCCCAAGUACAACGGCCCCGAGCGGCGCGUCGACUGGUGUCCCGACACGUACACGAGAGGGGGCGUCUUUCAUUUCUGCUUCACCGUGGCGAAUGUGGAGGAGACGGCACGGAGGGCGAUCGAGAGCGGCGGGAAGAAUGUCGGCGUCCUUGUCGAGCCGGCGGAGGGGGAGCAGGCCUUCUUUGUCCAGGACCCUUGGGGAAAUGUCAUCGAGCUCCUGAGUUGUAGCUUCGAUGUGCUUUUCCUGAAGAGACUCGGUGGAUAG